GAUAUUCUACCUUCACCAAGUCAUUCUAUCUUCUUCUGCUAUGCUUAACCUUUAAAGGGAUCUUUUUUUUUCUUCCCUCUUUCUCUUCUAGUCCGAGACAAGUGUACGUGAACAAAAAAGUACAUGAGAUUCUCUUAAAAGGGUAUGUAUGAUUUGAAGACCAAAAGCUGAUAAGAUAAAGCUUUUCAAGACAUGGCUAUGUUGAAUCUCAAUGUUGAAGUUAUCCAUGCUGAUGCUGACUCAACCUGUGCUCAAAAGGGGAUGCAACUGCAAAAUUUUCCUCCUGAAAUAUCAGAUUCUAGGACCGCCUACUCCUCAGUUGUGAAUCCUGCAGAGGAAGAUUCCUCAAACAAUUAUUCUCCCUUCAUUUUUGACAUAAUGAAGAAAGAAAGAUAUGGGAUGGAAUUUGAUGCUACUGAAAGGGUCAAGGAAGAAAACAUAGGACAAGAGCAUGAGAUAAUCACAAGGACCCUUUUUCCUGUGACUGCUGACAGAGGAGGUAGAGUGUGUGAUUUCAACAAGUUGGGGUUGUUGGGGAAGACUCAAUGGCUGAACUUGUCUUUUCUUGAGCCUGAAGGACAAAAUGGACUUAGAACCUUGCAGCAGAAGAAACCACAAGUUAGAAAAAGUAGGAGGGGACCAAGGUCUCGCAGCUCACAAUACCGGGGUGUUACCUUCUACCGUAGGACUGGUAGAUGGGAGUCACAUAUAUGGGAUUGUGGGAAGCAGGUCUAUUUGGGUGGAUUUGACACUGCUCAAGCUGCUGCUAGAGCAUAUGAUAGGGCUGCUAUUAAGUUCCGUGGAGUUGAUGCUGAUAUAAACUUCAGUUUGAGUGAUUAUGAGGAGGAUUUAAAGCAGAUGAGAGGUUUGAGUAAGGAAGAGUUUGUCUUCAUAAUUCGUCGACAAAUUAAUGGAACCUCAAGGAGAAGAUCUACAUUCAAAGGUGUAUUACCUCUCCACAAAUAUGGUCAAGGAGAAUCAGGAAUGGGACCGCAUAAAGAUUGCAUUUUUACAUUUUCUACAUGCAGGUUUUGUCCCAAGCCACCCAUCAAGUGUGAUGAUGGAGAAGUUGAGACAUGUUUCAAGCCCUGUACCUAUAAGGGAGAGAAAAUUGCAAAUUUAAGCAGAGCAGGUACUUGCCAUAAUCUUGAUUUGAGCCUAGGGAUUUCUCCAUCUUCUAAACAAUUGAAGAAUUGUGAUAUUGGAGGAGGAUUUUCCUUUGGAUAUGCGGCUUGUAUGAUACCCAAAGAAAAGGAAAUAAUGGAGAAGGCCAUGGUAAACAGAAUAGAAUAUGUUCCUUUGCAAAGACUUUCCAACUUGGCAUGGCAACUUUGCAGCAAUGGCAGCAUUGCCUUAGGGCCAUUGCAAUCAACUACAGCAUCAUCAGGAUUCAUUUCUUCUAGUAACAUCAUCCAUUCUUCAAAUUAGCACAUAUAAGAAUUCUGCCUAUAACGUUGGCAUUGGCUCAACCAAAAUAAACAUCAUUAACUCUACACAGUUGUAGGGCCAAAGUAGCGGAAACCACCAGAGAUCAGCAUGUUUACUCUUUGCUUUCUGCAAUCUUAGGUGAACAUGAGUUCAUAACUAUUUAUAUCUCUAUUCUAUUUAUUUCAUUAAGUCAUGACUGUAUUUAAUAAUAAUGCUAAGCAUUGAUUACUGUUG